AUGUUAUCGAUCGAAGAACUUGGACAAGACGACUUGCGGAAUUGCUUUGCAUUGUAAGGAUUCGCAUCGCUUUCGCUGAAUCGGUUCUUAAAUUUCAUUAUUGAAUUUAGUCUGUCCGUCCAAGAACGAAUCAAGUGUUCGGCAGUCUGUAAAAGAUGGAGAUAUCAACUGGAGAUUUGGCCUGAUAUCAAUCAACUUUUCCUUGGCCUGGAUACUUCUUGUUUCGCCUCGGAAUCUGUUUCUUCUGUGGUUGAGCCGAGAAACAGUGAACAGAUUUCAGUUUGGAAGGUAGGGUUGAAUGGAUAAAAAAAGGGGCACUUCAGAAUAAAAUCGUUCCUCUUCUUCUCCAAAAAUGUCCCAAUGUGAGAGUUCUUGUCAUCGACAACAGAGAUCUUGUUGAUCCGCUCGUCCCCAGUCUCAAGAAACUCCGCCGAAUCCACACUUUGGUUCUUUCCCACGACUUCUUUUCCCUUGACUUCAGAAAACGAACCCCGGCCCAUCUGAAGAUCUUCCUGGGUCACCCCCGUCUCAAACAUCUUUUUGUUCUCUGCAAUAACAACCUGAUGCCCAACAAGUCUGCUAUCUUCACUUUGAAGGCUGCCUAUUCCCUUUCCAGUGCUCAUAUCACGGAUAUUGUUCUUCAGGGGAUCCUUUUGGGCUCUAAAGUGAUUGAAUUCAUCUCCCAGAAAUACCACAAGUCUUUGAAGAGACUGAUGAUUGGCGGGGUUGUCUGUGAUUCCAGAAAAUCGGAGAUCUAUAUUAAGGCGUUCAGUGAGUUAAAUCCCCUAACAAUAAGGCAUCACUGAUUUCAGGUCGAUUCCAAGCCCUGGAGUCCCUUCAAAUCCCUUCUUCGGUCUUCGCUCUUUCCCAUGAACCAUUGCCACGCUCUCUGGAGCUUCUGAAGAAUCUGAAAUCCCUCAAAAGAUUGGAUGUCGCGGUGGUGGAGAUAGACCUGAUGACAAUUAAGCACUUCAUUACGACAUGUCUUCCUGCAAAUAUCCAAUUCCUUUAUUUGAUUGACAAUUGCGGAGGUGGAGGCCUUGACAUUACUCGUUUGCAGAACCUGAUGCCAUCAAUGAAAGUGAGUUCAUCAUAGACAAUGAAAGAGUUUGUAAGAGUUUCGAUUUUCUUUGCGACUUUAGAGUUUUAUUUCUUUUCCGUUAGAAGGACAAUUAUGUAUUAAGACCAUAAAUAGAAACGUAACGACGAUAAUCAGCAAGCUGGUUAUUAAAACAACAUUUUUUAAAUAGGCAGAUCAAACGUUUGGAGCAGUUUAGGAAAGUCCAUGCAUGGUGCAUAGAAAAUUAACAAUUGUUUAGCUGUUUUUGGAGCUGUCGACUUGUUAAUUUCCUUGGUAUACAAAGGACGUUUUGUCCAAAGUGUAAUCGCACAAUACAAGGAGCUCGACAAUGAUAGUAAGCGUCCAGGAAGUGAAUGAAAACGCACCGACAACACUUCUGCCAGCUGCCAGAUCGUCAACAGCAAAAUCAAAAUUUAAAAUUUUAGUGUCGCGUUAUUCCCGAUUCCGUCAUGGUUGGCUCGCAUGUAAAAAAGUUUCUACAAUUCAUAACUUUUCAUCAAAAACCUAUCCCAAAUCCAUCACUUUCUCCAAAAAAACUAAAUUCCUAAAAUUUCCAUCACAGUAUUUACCACAUAGUCAACCAGAGAAUUAAAACCUCAUCUCAAACGGCGAAGAAAAACCAAACUCUUCCAAACUAUUGUAUCGCAUUAUAAUAUAAACUUUUAGAUUUUCUACAUCUCCGGUCCAAAUUCGAGGAAAUUUGAUCUGCCUUGGAUGAACAACGAGUCCAACCUGAUCUAUCGCCCAUACUGGCUUCCUCCCUACUUCCAUCCCAUCGAAAACUUUUCUGUUCUCAUGAGUAAUCAAAUGUUGACUGCCCAGCAACGAAACCCACAGUUCCUGCACCUCGACUUUGAUAUUGAUGAGGAGAAUGAAGAACAGAUUCUGGACGAUGACUCCGACGUUAGUGGCACUUCCGAAUCCGACGGGACUUCUACCAUUUCAUCUUCCAUAGAUACUUUUGACUCCGAAACGUCUUGA